CUCUGAUGAUGGCAGAUGAGACUCUGGCAAAAGAUGUUGUCACAACAGGAAAGAAGAGAAUCCCAAAAGCCUGUGGCUCGUGUCGUGCUUCUAAGGUGCGAUGUAGUGGGCAGCAUCCUUGCUCUCGCUGUCAACUACUGAAGAGGGUCUGCAUCUUUGUCAAACGACCUCAAGAUCCCAAUGAGCUGAAGUUCGAAAGUCUUCAGCACGAGCUUCAGCUAUUGAAACAAAGGCUGGACAAUCAGCAGAAUGCAUCGCAUACACUACCAGGCAGUGAUGGCUCUCCUUCGAAUUCUCUCGAUUUCAGAACAACGGCUUCCGGCCAAAGUCCAGCUUUACAACACAAUCUACCUUCGCUAUCACGCAAACGCACCCGAACUCAUUUCGAGGUUGAAGACGGUUCCGUGCCGAAUUUCAUUGCCAAAGGGCUUGUCAGCACAGACCAAGCAGAACUCUUCUUCAAGGCCUUCUUCCAGGGCUGUGACCGUUUCGUAACCAUCUUUGAUCCUUUGCAUGACUCCUUUCAGUCAAUUGAGGCUAGAAGCUCCUUCCUACUCGACUCCAUAAUAACGGUCGGAUCUUCCGUGAUUGAUGAUACAAACCCUUCAUUGUCUGCUAUGCUGCAAUUUCAGCUCAAGAAGAUGGUAAAUCUCGUCAUUAUCAACCAGGAUCAUGCCUGUCUGGAGACUGUUCAGGCUCUCUUGGUCAUAGCCUGCUAUUCCGCGGAGCGCUCGUUGAUCUUGGCAUUCGCCACAAGAAUGGCGAUCGACAUUGGCCUGCCUGACGCCUACGAGGAGCUGACGAAGAGACUGGUAAAUACAGACACGGCAAAUAUCUCGAGAGACUUGAGCUUAGACAACGCUGCACUCAUGAGACGAACCAGGGCCUGGUUUCAAUUGAUGGUGCUGGAACAAAUUCUCCGGGUAGAUGCGGGCAACCUUCGGGCGUUUCAGCUUCGGGGCAAAGCAAGAAGAUGUCGUGUGCUCUUGAACCAGCCUUUCUCGACAAUCCUGGAUCUUCGGCUCCUGUCUCAGGUGGAACUGAACGCACUUCGCGCCAAAUUCCAUGACUCUUUGUCGAUGUGCGAGACGGGCGACACUGACGAAGUGACGUCGAUAGUUCGAGACGCGCAAAUAGACAUCGACAUCUGGCUUGACGAUUGGCAGAGCAUUAUGAAGCGCUUAACAGUCGCUGAAACACCCGUUCUUCUCCUCAACUUGGAAGUUCAACAGUACUGGUCGAAGGUCGUGGUGCUGUGUCGAGCGAUCCGCGUUCUGGGUAUCGAAAACAUUACUGAGAUGUCUGACAGUCAAAAGCACCUCUUGUCAACAGCGAAAGUUUGCCUCAAGAAACACUUACGUGUCAUCCUCGACCAGCCGCAGAAUUACCUAGCUCAUUUUCGCUACGCGAUGGACUUCGUGUGGGCCAAGGCCGCAUAUUGUUUCUUGUUAUUGCUCAAGCUGACGCGAUUGUUACCAGAGGACGAUGCUUCUUCUAACCUUCAGCUCUUGAACGAUGGUUACGUUCUGCUGGAUCAGCUCAACAAGGCUGGCGGUGGGUCGUCCAGCGGUGGUGGGAGAAGUCAAACCAGCAAAAUGUACCUCCAGGUGCUACAGACGAGCGUCCAGAAAUUUGCCCGAGCCGUCCAAGAAGAUCGACUGAACGCUGAGGUACUUCCUGUCGAACAACCCUCGAUGGCCGUGACUGACAUCCAGUCGCCGUUUAACUUCUUCUGGAGCGGUGGCAACCAAAAUUCCCAACACGAGAUCGACUCCUUCGUCCCCGAACAAUUUGUGUUUGAGUGGGAUUUUCCUGGACUGACGCUCUUCUCCUCAUCUGGAAGAGGAGACAGCUCCCUAGAGAAUUUCUUCUUGGGCCCCAACUUUGAAACAGAUGCUUGGUUUCUAGGCGCGCCUGGAUAGCCGUCGCUCACAUCUGUUCACAUCAUAGACCAGGUAGAGCAAAUUGCCAACGAGGAUGCAACUUCCGAGAUAUGGUUUCCAAG